GUGUGCGGAUUUGGCAGCGUAACAUCUGUGCGUACGCGGUCGUGAUUGUUGUGAAGAUGGCGGAGGGGGAGACAGAGAAGGAAUAUGACACACGGAAAGCUGUCGAGGAACUGCGAGAGCGGCUCCAGGGUCUGACCACAGCUUUGAAAGAGAGCUCGCAGUCUCCGCUGGAAGCCUCCCUGCAUUUCUGCCAGGAGUUUUGCCAGGUCCUUGUCGAACAUGUCGGCCGUUGGAAAACUGAUGAGGAUCCACUACCUUUGCUGGAGGUUUACACUGUGGCCAUCCUCAGCUUUGCUAAGGCUGCCUCCUGUCUCUCCUCCAAAUGUGAAAAUGUGCCAGUCCUGCUUGAAAAGUUAGCAUUGAGCUGUGUAGAGCUGCUGCUUUUACUGCCCCAGCAUGUCCCUGGUGCCUUAUGGGAGGAGUUUCAGUCCUCCAUGAAGUUGGCACACAGCCUUUUGCAAGAAAGUGGGAGCACACAGCUUUGUUUGCUCUCAGUUCUGGCACAGCAGGAUGGCGUCUGGUCCAACACCACACUAAGCAGCAUCUUGUCCAGUCAAAUCCCUAAGACUGAGCAAAUUCAUGAGUAUCUCGAGUUGGAAGGUCCCACGCUUCUAAACAUGCGAAUAAAGCACCUAAUCAAAGUGGACAGUGUUGAUAAAGCCGCUGUUCUUGCAAAGAUGUGCUCAGAAUAUCCGGGAUAUGAAGGAAAAGGGAACUUCAAACAAACAUACUUGUUGUGCAUCUGCAUGACAAAAAAUCAGGAGCACUUAAUGGAAGAGAUUGCAUCAAUAGACUGUAAAGAUGCUCUUGAAAUGAUCUGCAACUUGGAGUCAGAGGGGGAUGAGAAAGGAGCUUUCUGCUUAUGUUCUGCCUUUCUCAAGCGACAGCUACUCCAAGGAGAUGUUUACUGUGCCUGGGAACUUACACUGUUCUGGAGUAAGCUACUCAUGCGUUUAGAGGCAUCUGCUGAUGCUUUUCUCGGACACAGCAAAGAGAUGGCACUUAUGUGCAGAAGCGUCUGUCACAUUCUGUUUCUCAUUAAAGUUAUCCAGAAUGAGGUUGGAGAGGUGGGGCUUCCAGUGUGCGUGGAAAUGUGCAUUCAAGCUCUGAAAAUGACCUCCAGUGACCAUAAGGACAGCAAGUCUACCAUUUGCAAGACUAUUUCCUGCCUCUUGCCAACUGAUCUAGAGGUUAAGCGUGCAUGCCAGCUGACAGAAUUCCUCCUUGAACCAGGUGUUGACUCAUAUUAUGCUGUGGAGUCGCUAUACAACGAACCUGACCAAAAGCCUGAGGAGGACGGCAGUCUACCAGUGCCCAAUUCUUUACGUUGUGAAUUACUGCUGGCCUUGAAGACACAGUGGCCUUUUGAUCCAGAGUUCUGGGACUGGAAAACACUGAAACGCAACUGCUUGGCACUGAUGGGUGAGGAGGCAGCUAUUGUGUCAUCUGUUGACACACUCAAUGACACAGAUGAACAAGAAGUGGAAAGUGCCCUUGGCAAGCUCCCUGAAUACAGAGACCUGGAAGAUUUUCUGUUAACCACUACAAAUGAACUCAAUGAAAUCACAGAUGAAAGAGAAAAAAACAGAGAGGCUAAAAAACUUAGGGAGCAGGGUUUUGUGUCUGCUCGGUUCAGAAACUGGCGAGCCUACAUGCAGUAUUGUGUUUUGUGUGACAAGGAGUUCUUGGGUCACAGGAUUGUUCGCCACGCUCAGAAACAUUUCAAAGAUGGAGUGUAUCUUUGUCCAAUUUGUGCUGACAGUUUUGAAAGUAGGGAGGUUUUAGAGCCACAUGUAGCAUCACAUGUAAAGCAAUCUUGCAAAGAGAGACUAGCUGCAAUGAAAGCUGCAAGAAAGGUAACCAAACCACCUCAGUCUCCUAAAAGUCCAUCAAAAAAUUUGAAAGUUGCUGGUAAGACAUACAUGAACCCUGUUAAAACCGAGUCUCAAAUUGGUGACACAUUGGCAUCUCCAACUAAGACUGAACAAACUACAUCUGAUACACAGAUAAGUCAAGACUGUUUCUGUCCUGUUAAAAACUGCUCCAAGGCUUUCAAGUUUUUCCGUAACCUCAUGGCUCAUGUCCGAUCCCACAAGGACGACGAAGAGGCCAUGAGGUUUUUAGAGAUACAAAAACAGAAAGUGGUGUGCCAGUAUUGCAGACGGCAGUUUGUUAAUGUCAGACAUCUUAAUGAUCAUUUGCAGAUGCACUGUGGCAGCAAACCAUACAUCUGCAUACAAUUGGAUUGCAAGGCCAGCUUUAACUCCAAUUCUGAGCUUCUCAUGCAUCGAAAAACACACCCAGAAUUUAAGGCCCAGUGCAUGUUCCCUAACUGUGGUAAAGUUUUCAGUGAGGCUUACUUGUUGUAUGAUCAUGAGGCUCAGCAUUACCUUACCUACACCUGCCAAACAGAUAACUGUGGUAAAAUAUUCUACUCACAGUCUCAAUUCUUGUCUCACCAAGAGAAUCAUAAUACAAAUAAUGCAGUAAACAAUUUGCCCAUCAUAAAUCAAAACCCGCCUGUCACUCCAAAAGUAGGACCACCACUCGAGAGCACCCCAAGCAAAGAAGACGCAUGCUCUGCUGCGGUUUGCUUUGAAAGGAUUAGCACAGAUGUUUAUAUGAAGGAAGCAUCGAUGGCAAACACAUCACCAUGUAGAUCACCAGAGGUUGCUAAAGAGCCUGUUCCUGUGAGAGUAAAACACUCGAUUGAAAGCAUGCUGAAUUCAGUGGCAUAUCCUGAAAUAAAAGAACCAGAGAAAUGCUACACUCCACUGACAAUCCCCACUCCAGCACCAACAGAUGUAAAACUACCGCCGGAGGCUCCAGCUGUACACCACAGUGUGGCUGGACAAGGUGAGAUUCCCCUUGUGUAUCCUGUCCCUGCUGCAACAAACCCAGUGCCAGUUCACCAGGCUGAGGAGCAAAAUAAUGUUCAAAGUAAUGAAUUUCCAAAAACAAUACCACAAAUAAUUUCUCCAAGUCAAAUCAAGACAGAAAUUCCUUGCUCAUUAGAAGGAUAUCCCUCCAAUACACCUGCUGCUUCUGCUGGCAGUGAAGAGCCCCUGCAUUGCUGCCCAUAUAGUGACUGUACAAGGGCUUAUAGUACAAACAAAAGUCUGUCUAGGCAUGUGAAGAAACAACACCCUGAAAUAUUUGAAGACUGGAAGUUGGCAAAGAAAUAUAACAAAGUGGCGAAAAUCACUGCCAAAAAAGCACCAAGUGGGCACGUGUCACCAAAUCAGUCUCAAAACCCAGGGAAAAGGCUGUCACAUCAGCCAGGAACACUAUGCAACAAACCUGGGGUGCAGCAAAUGGAUUACCCAGUGGGAUGCUCAACCUCACCUGUCCAGUGUUAUCCUGCAUCAAUGGAGCCUGUGCCUAUCACUCCAAUGGUAAACCCCACACUGUACCAAUCAUGGGGAAACCUGAACAGUUCUGGAGGAAUGAUGCCUGCAGACAUGUCCCAGUCAUGGUCUUCACCUCCAGUGAACAACUGCUAUCCAGAUGCCUUCAACAUGAAUGAUUACCCCUCCCGCAGCUAUCCUCAGUGGCAGGCAGACCCUUAUCAAACCACAGCGUCUCUUCCAUCUGAUAGAGAUCAUUCAGUGCCAGCCAUACAUGGUCCCUCCAUGUCUCAUGCUCCUUCAGAUUCAAGUUUGAUGUCUCAGUAUGUGUCCAGUUCUCUGAUGCUUGACAAUGCAGGGCAAAUGCAUAAUGGAGGGCAUCAGUAUGGGCUUAUGCAUGCAGAGAGUAGUGGAGAAGGUUUAGAUGUGAGAAAAAUCAGUGCUAGUAUGACAGGACAGUUGGAUAAUGGAAAUAGUAUCUCGACAAUUGACAGCCUUCCUGAAGGCAGUUACCACACUCCGUAUGCUCAGAGUGAAAACUCUUGUAUUACUCAAGGUUCAUCAGUUGAUAUUCCCAUGAAAUGUCUGAGCCCUGAGGCCCAAGUUGCAUUAAAGGCUACAAAUGAAAUUAUUAAAACUGAGAAUAUCUCAGCUCCUGGUUUUGAUCAGAUGGAUAACUCUGUGGAUGGCAUGCUCAGUCCACCUAGUGUCAUUCCCACAGAUUUCCCUUAUGAGGAGAACUGUCCUAAUGUUGACUGUGAGGCUAACCCCCCUGACGAAAAGGGCAGCAACACUGAUACACACAAAGGGAAACGCAUCAGGCUGAGCAAGCGAACCAAAUGGCCAGCAAUUAUUAGAGAUGGCAAAGUCAUUUGCAGGAGAUGCUUCAGAGAGUUCACUAGUACCAAAUCUCUUGGAGGUCACCUAUCUAAACGCUCACAGUGCAGACCUUUAGAUGAAAUUGACCUGACGGCUGAUCUGCCAACAUCAUUUCUUGAUUUUCUCAAUGACCCCCAUGUCCCUGACACCAAUGGAGCAAUAUUUAACAUGUCAAAUGGUGAUUUCUCACAGGAAUCUUGUAGCUUGACCACUUUGACUUCACCAGUGGUACUGAAACAGGAGCCCCAAAAUACAAAUAUCAUGGAUUAUUCAAACUCUUUCUCAGUUUCCCCUGAAAACCAGCAUGAGAAAACAGCAGAAGUGGAAAAUCCAGUCCUCACUGUACCUUAUCAAGAAGAUCACCUAAUGGAAAUUUCACAUGCUUUUCAAAGGCUGGAUUUGAUUGAGGCUGCACAGGAGAAGAUGCGAAGUGCUCUGUCCUUAGAGAAAAAUGUCCGUCAUUGUGACCGUGCUCCUGAAAGAGAAAAAGGUAAAAUAAAGAAUAAAGGUGAUGACAAGCCUUCUGAAAAGGUACCUAAACCUUUUAAAUGUGACCAGGAUGAUUGUGAGUACUCAUUCAUGACAAAGGAAGCGUUAUUCAAACACUUAAGCAAAAUGCAUGAUUACUCUAAUGAAAUGAUUGAAGAACUAAAAAGAACACCAUCCAAACUGUCUCCAUAUCCUUGUCAGAUUUGUCCAAAAACAUUCACCAGGACAACAGGGUUGAGAAUUCACUAUGAAAAAGUCCAUCGAUUGUCAAAGACAGAAAUGCAGAAGCUAAGGAUCAGUGCUCGAAACAGGCGUGCAUUUAGACUUAACAAAGAUGAUAUGCUUGUUAGCAAUGCAACCACCGAUGCCAAUUCCAGUUGUACAACACGCUUUGCAGCUGUAAUGCCUGCUAUAAAACAGGAACCAAUUGACAUUUCAAUUGCACCUCAAACAAUCAAUGAAAACAAUCCAGAAGUUACUCAAAUCACCUCACCUGAAGAUGCAGUAAAAGAGGGCUUUACACCUGAAAUAUCAACUGUUACAAGACUACCAUCACCUCAAAACUAUUUGAAUGACAGGUCAUUUGGUGAGGUGGCACUAGUUCCUGAACGAACCCCAGAGCAACCUAAAGUGGCUGCUGUAAACAAGAGUCCAGAUGUGAAACAGAAAUCUAGUUUGAAAGAGAAACUCAGUCCGACUUGCAAAGCAAAGGAGCAGCAAGGACGAUCAGAUGCAUCUUUAAACAAAGUAAAAGAGUCGACAUCCAGCCUUCCUAAUGCAUCUGCUUCAUCUUCCCCAGAGAAACCUAGCAGCUCCAAAAACACACCCACAAAGGAUCAAUCCCCAAGGAAAGAGAAAUUUCAGAGAAGGCUGAGCCUCAAAAUGUAUGACUCAGACAAUGCCUACAGUCCAUAUAGACCAUACCGCUGUGUUCAUGAAGGAUGCACUGCUGCCUUUACCAUCCAGCACAAUUUGAUUCUCCAUUACAGGGCCAUGCAUCAGGCAUCCUUGCCUAAUAAGACUGAACCUGACACUGAAAAGACUUGUGUUAAAAAUGGACAGGAGAGCAAUCAGAGUAUAGGAAAAGAUAAUGAAGUCAGGUGUCAGGUGAAAAACUGUUCAAGGGUAUUCAUGGGAAUCACAAAGUUAGUGCAGCAUUACCUCUUACUUCACAAGUUCGCCCGUGACAAGGCCACUGCCAUGAUGGCUAACAUGUCCAUAGAGACUUUCAACUGUGACCGGCCAGAGUGUGCUCUUCCCUUCAGUUCUGUGGAAAAUUACAUUGAGCACAUUAAGAAUUACCACAAGGAAAUUGCCAUUUCUGAGAGCGGCUCAGUUGAUCCAACUUUUAAGUGCGAGUACGAUGGAUGUGACCGUGUUUACACUACAAAAUCAAACCUCCUCCGUCACCUGAUCAAAAAGCAUGAUUAUGUUUAUGAUCCCAAAAUAAGUGAUGGAAGAAGGACUAAAUCUGUAGGGCUCUUCCCUGGGGUUAACAAUGGAAAAGAGAAUGUAGAAAGCAAAUUCAAAAUGAAGAAGAAAAACACUAAAAAGAAAGAUGUAAAGUCCAUUGAACAUUGGACUAGUUUUGGAAAACCCACACUAAAAUCCCACGAGGAGGCAUCAGCCAUGUGCAUCAAGAAGUCCGCCCUGCAGUACCCGUGCAUGAUCAUAGGGUGUGAUGCAGUGGAGCGGGCUGAAAGAAAUAUAUUUAAGCAUUACACCACUCAUGGCCUCACAGAACGAUACAUUGAAGAUCAGAGGAGUCAGUUCAUUUUCUGCAAAAAAUACUCGCGCUCCAGAUUCAAAGAUGCAAACAAACCUGAGGGUGCGUCGAGCUCAUCCUCUGAGGAGACGGAGCCAGAAGACAGCGACAAGCUCAGUGACCAGAAGAUGGAUGAGAUGGAGGAUAGAAUAAGCCAAGAAGACAGCAAGCUGUCUAAUGAUGAUAGUGCAGAAUCUCAAACUUCCACUGGGACAGAAGGAGGAACUAAAAGAGGCCGUCCCAGAAAACCUGCACAUCCUACACCAGCUUGUCCAGAGAGGAUGCAGACCCUUAGGAACCGUUCAACUGUUAACAGUUCAAGAGAGAACUCAAAUCCUGGUACUCCUUCAGCCCAAGAACAACGUGAGGAGGGGGUCAUGCAAGGGUCUUUCAAGCCUUUAGGACUUGAGGACUCCUUCCUUAAGUUCUUGGAAACCUCAGAGUCAACCCACUCUUCCAAACGCAAAUUAAAUGAUAAAUCCAGUGCUGAACUACCGUCCAAGAAACAACAAACUUACAAACAUAAAUCUGCAUUGAAUAGUACAAUAGCUGAUGAAUUUAGAGGCUAUGAAAAUGUUGUAGACUUUAGAAAUCCAUUAAAUAUCAAAUCAGUGAGCAAUGUCAAGAUUGUCAUGGAUAAAACCUUUUCAGAUGGUGCUGAUCUUCUGCUAAAGCAGCUACAAGACAUGAGGCCCAUAGUCAUAAUAAAAAAGUGGCUUUAUAGCGGAUCAUAGCUCAUCAUUUUGUUUUUAACUCAGUCUCACUCAGGAUUUGAGAAGUUAUGCUGCAGAAUGGUUUGUUUAUUUAAAGCAUCAGAUUUCCAGCUGUUAACAGUAAUGGUCACAGUAAUGAUGACAUGGCCUGUUUUGUACUUAAUGAAAAAAUGUCUUGGAUGAUUUUAUGUAUGUUAGUUAUAAUAACCAGGUAAGCUAUAGGGCAUAGAUUUUAGAAACGUUUGUAUUUAUGCUUAGUACUGAAGAUGUUUUUUUUUUUUUUUUUGCUAAAUGGAGACUUUUAAAGAAAAACUAUGUUUUUAUAUAUCCCUAUGGGAUUUCAAGUUCCAUUUGUAUUUAUUUUAUCCUUUUUCAA